GGAAAACCGCGAAAAGCAUACGAGUCUCCGAACUGAACUCAGUUUCACUGACCCUGACCCUGUUUUUCUCCUUUAUAAUAAGCCCUGAAAGGAAAAAAAGGCGAGGGUUUUAAGCCUCAACAGUCACCAUGAACUCCCUCACUCGAACACUUGCAAAAAUUGCAACUUCAGAAGCGCAGCAGGCGUCAAGAAGAUGGAUUUUGCAGUCUUUCUCUACUUCUACAACUUCCAAGCGGUUGACACAACCCGAGAACCCCUCCGACUCUAAACACUCAGCGCCCAAGGAAUGGCCUAGGCCUGGUGAGAUCCCCUACCAGUCCAAGGUGGCUAACUCGGUCAGUCUCUCGGGUUACAUUCAUAUGCCCGUCCAGUUCGAGGCUGCUUCUGAUGGGAAAUUCUGGGCUGGCACUGUAAUUGCCCAGAACCCUUCUUCUGAUUCUCCUCCCCUUUGGAUUCCAAUAAUUUUCGAAGGUGAUUUGGCCCAUAUUGCUGCUUGCCAUCUGAAAGAAAAUGAUCAUGUCUAUAUAGAUGGGCAACUGAGUGCAGAUCCACCUUCUUCUAAUGCAACUCAUGCUCAAGCCAAUGUCCAGGUUAUGGUGCGUACUAUCAACUUUGUUGAUGAAUCUCCUCCCAUGACAAAAGGCAUUGCUUCCCAUAAACAAGAAGGGACCUUAAGCCAUUCUGCUGGUACUAAGCAAGGUUCUGAAACUGCCCCAAAUCCCUGGAGGGAUCUUCUUGAUAAUCCAAAAGAAUGGCAAGAUUACCGUGAAAAUAAGCUUAAUGGAUUGGUAAAACCCAAAUAUCCUGAUUUUAAACACAAAGAUAGUGGUCUUGCACUUUGGCUUGACUCCGCACCUAAGUGGGUGUUAUCAGAACUUGAAGGACUGCAAUUUGAUGUUCCUAUUCAAAAACCAAAGCAACUGAAUCGACAUAAAGGGGAUGGAUCCUGGAAGGACUUGGUGGAAAACCCGAAUAAGUGGUGGGACAACAGAUUGGAUAAGUUCAAUGGCAAGAUAAAUGAAAGAUAUCCUGAUUUCAAGCAUAAAGAAACUGGUGAAGCACUAUGGCUUACUGAUUCACCAGUUUGGGUGGAACCAAAGUUGCCUUCUUUGACAAGUAAAAACGGUACAGCAAACCAUGAGAGGGGUCGAGUGCCUUCUUGAGCUGUACUAAGAUGAAGUGGCCGUAGUUUUGCUUGUUUAGGUUGGUUUGAAAGUGCGACAUGGCAAAGUCCAUUAAUCGUGAUAUGACAUUGAUCUCACAAUUAUUUCAUGCUGGAUAUGUACUUUGGCAGAAAUGUAAAACAUUCAACAAAGCAAUCAAUUCUUUCUUUUGUUUUUCUUAAA